CUGUUUUCUUAAAAUAAAAAUCAAACUCCUCAAGUUUUUUUUACUCCUCCCUUAAAAUACAACACAGUACUUCGGUAUUUUUCAUCAUUUUUUGCUCUAAUGGUAAUAACACAGUUAAUCAUUUAAAUUCAAUUCGAAAACAAAUAAGUGGCAAUUCUAAAUGGCUUUUCGAAAAAUGGUACGAGUGGUUCUCUUAGCUUGUCUACUGCAGGUUAGUUUGCAGACCACUAUUGUGAUUGACAGCGGAUCUGGACUGGUCAAGGCUGGAUUUGCAGGUGACAGUGAACCGCAAGCUGUGGUUCCCGACGUCUGCGGCAGACCAAAUGACGGCUCAAAUUCAAACGAGUGGCUUUAUUUUGGACAGGAGGCUUUGGACACACCAGGUGUCAUAAUCGACUACCCAUGUCAACUUGGGUUUGCAGAGUUAGAAGAACCACUGGCCCAGGUCUGGGACUAUACAUGCAAAGAAGUUCUCAAUGUGGGAACUCCUGGAGAUAAAGUUGUCAUCACUAUGAGUCCGAAAGCUAGUGACUCGUCGAUUGCAGCAAUGAAGUCAUUGGCCAAGACGUAUCUAGGAUCAGCAACAGUCGAAAGUGUGAGCACAGCUGAAGCUUGUCUGAAGAAUGUGGGAAUCCAAACUGCUUUGGUUGUGGAAUCCGGACAUUCAGUGACACAAGCAACUGCAUUUAAAGAUGGUGUCAUGAUAGGCCAGACAGUUCUGACUGAGAUUGGAGGCCAAGAUGUGUCAGAGGCACUGGCUAGCCUGAUGGGACUGCGCUCAGGAGCUACCCAAGAAACAGACACAAUCAAAGAAGCCAUUUGUUACGUGGCAGAAGACUUCACCAAUGAAGUCGCCAGAAGAACCAACUUCAACACUCCGACCGGCGACAGAAUCGUUCUCACUGACGAGAUCUUUACGGCGCCUGAAAUUUUGUUCAGUUAUCAGGGGUGGGGACCAGCGAAAGAGUAUGACCCAAUUCAGAAUCUGAUUGUGAAAGCCAUCUCUUCUGCUCCUGCUGACCUCAAGGCGGAUCUCUAUUCCAACAUCAUCCUGUCUGGAGGUAACACCAUGUUUCCUGGAUUCGUACAGCGACUAGCCAAAGAAAUAGAGGCCAUAGCAGCUGAUGGCCAGAGUUUCCAGCUCAUCGCUCCUCCGAAUCGAAAGUUUGGAGCAUGGGUUGGAGCGACCAAGUGAAAAUGCUGAAUCAGAGGAGUGAGGGCCUCUUCAGCUAGUAGGGGUGUUUGUCGGGCGGGGUAAAAAAAUUAAUUUGAUGUAAGAUGGAUAAGA